CUCACUAUAAGACGUAGUACGCUAAAACCUGCUGUACUAGUUAAUUCUUAACCAAUAUGGGUGUACGGAGACUGCACUUUCUCCUACUUCUGCCAGUAUUUGUGUUUUGUGGUGUGGAAGAGACUAUUGUGAAGAUUAUUGAGAGAGAAGCAGAUGUUACUCAAAUUUGCUCCGGGGAAACGCUGAACAAUAUCACACGGACAGUGUGUAAGAUCGGCAGUGAGCGGCACAGGACAGGAGAGUGCAGUCUGAUGUAUCAAGAUGGACAAGAGGUGUUAAACAAAUGUGACUCCAGGUUCAAACUUAUGAAAGAAAAUCAGACUGUGUUUCUCCAUCUGACGAAUUUAACACAAGAGGAUAGUGGAAGUUACACCUGUGAGUGUGAACACAACAGAGGAACAUAUGUGCUCCAACUCAAUGUAACUUUGAAAGGCAAGGAAGAGUCGACCGGUUCAACAGAAAUAUUAACUUUAAUCCCUUCUGGACUCCUUGGUGCAGUAGGGGCCGUCAUUAUAACUGGAUUAAUUCUGGCAUGUACCUACUGGAUGAGAACUCAACACAGUGGCUACUCAGUACCAGUAACACCUGGAUUAUCUGUGCAUGAAAGUCCCGGGUCUUUGGAUGAAGAUGACAAAGAGAACCCCUACGCAAGCCUUCAGCAGCCGACAAAUGAUCUCUACCAAACUAUCACCCCGGGUCAUCAUCAACACAAUUUCAGGAAAAACUUAACAAGAACCACAGAAAAUUUCUGCGGUGAUGAUCAGGACGAUGAUCCAGACUAUUGUGUCUAUGAAAACAUUUAAAGUCAAUCUAGUAUCCAACAUCUGAGCAUUUUAUAUCAACACUAUUCUCAUCAGUCACAAAUAUGUAUAUGUAUCACAAGUCACCAGUAAGUUCAAAACAAUAUUCUGGUGGAUAAAGUCUUAACAUGGCAAACUCUUUAAACUGUGCUCACAUAUUCUCUUUAUUACAAUACAAAUACAACAAACUGUGAAAUAUAACUCGCUCCAAGAGCUGUUUCAUGCCUUGAGUUCUGUAUAAUCAUCUUCAGAUCUACCUGCUACAGAGUCGUCACUGCCAGACUCCAUGAAUCUUCUUAAACAUAUAACAGAGUUAAGUCUGUGCAUUUUAAUCAUGAUUGUACUGUGUUGGCUAUAAAUGAUUCAUAUGUAAUCCUUAUUAUAGAAGAAAAUAAACCAAAAGAUUUUAAUGUUUAAGUUUUGAAGGCAUGCAAAAUAAUUUUAAUCAUGAAAUCUUAAUUUGAUAAAAGUUAAGUCAUUGCAUUGCACAGAGUGCAUUUUUAUCAUGCACUUGUGUUUUAAGGGUGCUAUAUGAAAGUGAGUUUGCAAAGAGCGGCAUAGAGGAUGCAGACUUCUAAUUACAGAUCAAAUUUAGACCUCUAGCUGAAAACCACCAAAGCAAACAUGUCAGUUUUAGCACUUUACUUGACGUAGCAACAUCUCACUUAUUUUCUCAUCAGAUAUGGUAAAACCCUUGGUCCUUAAAAACUAACUUUUUAAUUUUUUUAAUUGCUCAUAGUGAAUUUGAUGUUAGCAAAUUAAAAAAUGCACUACAAAAGCAUCACUCAACUAUUAUU